ACGCGUUAUCUCGAAGACCAUGCCUUUGCCUACGUCUAGGAGCGUGUACGUCCUAAGUAAUCCUAAACGGGCAGGCCGUGGCACUCCACUAGGAAGGAAGGAUCGAAGAGACCAUGUGCUUCUAUAUAAAGAGCAAAGCUCCAACAGAACAACACAAUUCACAAAGCUGAAAGCCCAGAGCAGUGUGCUGCGUGCACUUCGAAUUCAUAGCAUCGUUGUUGUUUGCCGGCCGGCUGAGUACUCUCCUCCUGCCUCGUGUUCUCUGUGAGAUUGUCGAGAGAAAACCAUGAGCUACCCGCCACCGGGCACGGCGUACCCGGCGCCGGGCCAGCAGGCCGCCUACCCGCCGGCGCUGGCGUACGGAGCGCCGCCGCCUGUCGCCGCCGACUACUACCCGCCCAAGGACGGCGGCGCCACGUAUGUCCAGCAGCAGGCCCCGCCGCCGGAAUCUCAGGACCGCGGCGGCGACGGCUUCUGGAAAGGAUGCUGUGCGGCUAUCUGCUGCUGCUGCCUGCUCGACAUGUGCUUCUGAUUCGAUCACACAGGACCGGUCGUUCGUGUCAACGCCAGGCCGUUUGAUUCGAUGAUCAUCUACAUAUAUAGAUGCUCCUCAUCGUCGCCGCUUUCGUUUUUCCAUCAUGUGUUGUGUUGUGUGUAGUAGUAGUGCACCAUUAAUUGCAUCCUAGCUACUGCCAGUUAUAUCUGGGGUUUGUCUUAGUUAUGUAUCAGGAUAUCUCUUAUCAGUCAGUUGAUUGGCUUGGUUUCUUGCUGGCAGUGGCAGAGACUUCAUCUCUUGUUCUGAAUCGGAUGUGUACCAGUUAUUAUAAUUUCAGCUUCCAGUAAGGGGAAAAGAGUGGAGUUCUUUUUCUCUA